CGCAGGUCGGCGCCGGCGGUCGCUAGGUACUUCAGCACACAACCGUGCAGGUAAUCGCCGCUGUGUUCGUGUGGACAUCCCGGGAGGUUUGACACUCUUUCCCGGCGAUAAUUCGCAUCGUCCGCGUUGGAUUCAGUACAAGAAAUCCCACCGCUGACACCAUGUCGGCAGGAGGCCUGCUGAAGCUGUGCUGUCUGGUGUGGCUUCUGACAGCAGAGUUACCGACACAGGUCACAGCCACCGAGUUCUGUACGGUUGCCCAAGUCGAAGGCUGGAGGACCUCGCAGCUCGCCUUGGUUAUCCUUAAUGCUUUUACGGGACAGGUGGCUGACGUGGACGCAGAGAACGCAAGAAUCAACGCAGAGGCCGACGCCGCUAUUGCAAUUCUGAACGCAGAGGCAACCUUCUCUCAACUACCCAAUGUCUGUACGGGUAGUACCUCGUGCCCAUGUACGGAGUCGUACCAACAGCGUUACUCAACCAACUGUGGCAUCUUCGGACUUGGAUGGUCAACCUGUACUGAGUACCGAACAGGAUAUCGGGAAACAACCUGCCCCAAAACAACAUAUUUCUGCUGCAGUGGCUACGAGCACACUCAAAACCGAUGUAUCCGAAUCUGUACCGACCCCCUGUGUAACUCUCACCUGUGCGACAACGACCAGUGCCCAGGGUGUGUUCACGACUAUGGACCCGGGGCGAGGGCGUAUGACGCUUCUGGAAUGAACUGCUAUCAACGAUGCUCGUGGAGAAGUGACAGUAACCUGUGUUUCCCUGGAUCGUGUGGCCGGAUUGAGACCUGCUCGUGCACUUCUGGUUUCACUGGUAGUCACUGCAGAAACAUCCAACAGAAGCCAACGUUCACGAGUUGGUUAGGAAAGCUGCACGACAGCUCCGGUGGAACGUCUGAGUUGGACCAAAACAACCUGGAUGUCUGGACCAACAAGGUCCCCACCAAUCUGGAGUUUCUAUGGUACCAUGCCUACACUCCACCCAAUCCUGCCAGACCUUCUUACAUUCGGGAUUUCAAAGUUGGCAUCAUGGAGAGCAAAGUGACCUGGAGCCACAAGAGGAACACUCAUCAGACUGUUACUAGUGGUACCAUCAACUGUGACCUGGCUCUCAGUAGAGAUGCCCCUCCUCAAACCACUACCAUCGACUGUACCAACAACCGAGUCACGUCACUCAAUAUCAUACAUGGAGACACAAUUGAGAUCGAAUUUUCUGCCAAGCUCGGUGGGUUCUUAAUGUACCACGACUACGAUGCCAAUCAGAACUACAGACGGGACUUAACGGACGGGCCGUACGAAACGGAAGCCUCGGGGGCGAAGUGGAAGUAUGACUCCACCACACCAACCCAUUCCGGGACGUUUGCGCAGAUGUUGGACGUUGGUGAGCCCUUCACAAAACAGGGUUCUAUUACGGUCCGUUGGAGUGGCUGGAGUGAUACUGGGUCUGGUAUACAGAACUACCACAUCUGGGUGUACCGUAUGGACCAUACACAAGGGGACACACUGACGGAAAGCGCUGCUCCUUGGAUAGACGAGACCCUGGAGUCCUCCGUGAGUCAGUACACGAUCAGCAUGGCUGGUGAGGACCCGGGCGUGUUCUCUGUGGUGUUGAAUAUUGAAGACGCCUCUGGUGGACUGGAAGCAGGGAACAUGGAGAGGACACGUCGGUUUUACUUGUACGACGCUACAUCAGACAUCACUAUUGACACCAGCGCUGAUCUGGCUGAGAACGGUGACAUGUGGAUCUCUACAACUGUGGUGGACACGGACUACCUGUGGCAGCAAAAUCUUGACCAAUUCAUCACCGUCGAGUAUUUUGACCACUUCAUCCAACAAACCCACCACCGCGGCAAGUUUCUGAACGCCAUCGGGACGUUCACGGCACCGUUGCCGGCAGCUAACGACGACGUGGACACCACGGAACGGUCCCGCCAGGCUAUCGUCAACCAGAAGGGAGUGGUCACUUUCGAGACGUCCUACCAUGUAGACCACCAAGGAGGAACAACGAAGGCUCCGGGUGCGUGGACAAGUGUGGAUGAUCUGCACGCCGGGUCCCAGCCUCUUACCAUCUCCAGGGUUGACGGUGACACUGUAACAGUCUACAUCCGGGCAACUGACAUCUUGGAGAACCAACAGAUGGACGAAGUAUCCAUCCAUAUCGACAGCUCUCCUCCAAUCAUAGAAGACUUCUGGCUGGAGAAAAAUGGCAUCGAAGGCAUAACUGUCCACAAUGCCAGAGAACUAUACGACUGCCUGGUGAAGUUCACAACAUACGACAUCCACAGCGGUCUGUACACUAUCUACUGGAGACUUGUGGACAUGGCGGACGAGUCCAUUGUCCACGGGGACGGCAACUUGGCAGUUCGCGUGGAAUCUGAUUCUGAGCCCUGUACUGCAGACACGUGUAAGUGCACCCCCAUGACUCCCUGCUACAUGACCAAGUACGAGAUAGCGCCCGAUGCCUCCAAGAUGGCCAUUCCCAUAGGAGAACACGACAGUGACUACUACUUCUACGUCACCGUCACCAACCGUGCUCGACUGUCCACCACCGAGAGACUCCAGAUUACUAUCGACAUCAGUCCUCCCGAACCCGGGCACGUCACCGACAACUUUGCCGGUCAGGCUGACAUUGACUUCCAGAGUGGUGAUGCGAACAUGCACUUCAGUUGGGAAGGAUUUUUUGACCACGAAAGCGGCGUGAGGAGCUACCAGGUGUUCUUCGGCACUCGGUGUGGAAUACCCAGUGACUUCGGCAUUCCCGUACCUGACUCGGCGACUGAAAAGACGACCACCGAGCUGCAGCACAGUUUCACGGCGUCCUCCCCCGGCACGUACUACUGCACCGUGGUCGCCUUUAACCGCGCCUUGUCUGCCUCCGAACCAGUGUGUUCUGACGGGAUUCUGUACGACACGUCUCCGCCCUCCAUAACCAACAUCGUCAUCGAGAACAUCCGGGCUAGGACGGGAGCGAUCAAAGAUGGCGGCGGGAACGUUUGGAUGGUGGAUGACCAACUCAGGAAGGUCGCUGUAAACGGUCCAUCGUCUGCUUGCAGCUCAGCGGCUAGGCAGGUUGCUGAUCCCGCCAUCUUCACCGACCGCCCAACGGUCAACGUCAACGCAGAUUCGAAUGACGAUCCAGAAACCAUCAGGAUGGCCACGUCUGCUGGGUGCGAGUCGGAUGGAGCCCUGGCAUCUCCGUUUUUCAUGGUUGUGGACAAGCAUCUGGUUGUUUACUGGAACGGUUCUGACGGUGAGAGUCAGAUUAGCGACUACCAGGUCGGCCUCAGUUCUACUGAAUCUGGAGCCUCCAGUCCGAACAUCAUGCCUCUCACCUCAACUCACGGACAUACCGUCUUCAAAACUAGGCAUUCAGGUCUGGGUGAGGGACAAGAAUUCUACCUGGGCGUGACGGCAACAAACAGGGCUGGCCUAUCGACAACUAAGACUAUCGGACCGAUCGUGGUUGACGCGAGGCCCCCGACGUUCUCGGGUCAGGUGACAGUGACCGUGGAGGAUGACUACAUCGUGGCGCGAUGGCCGGCCAACGGGUUUUCCGACGACGAGGAUACCGCCGGGCUCACAUUCGAGUACUCAGUUGGUCAUGAGGCUAACAGCGAGGACAUCUUGGAGUACACAUCCCUGACUAGCGUGGGACCGUGUGGGGGAGCUUCUGGGUGUACUGCUGUUCACAGAGAUAAUUUACAGUGGGGUAUACAUGGCACACAUACCUACUACAUGUCCAUCAAGGCCACGGACACUGUCGGACUGACCACUGUGGUGACGUCCUCUCCGUACGUUCAUUACGAGGGCGUGCCUACUGCUGGUGUGGUAGAGGACAUCAACCCUGACCCACAGGCUCCUGUCUACGAUUAUCUUCAGCCGGCAGAUGCAGACUUCCAGACGACCGCCACCACGCUGUCUGCUCGCUGGUCCGGCUUCCUACACGAACAUCGGGACAUCUCGUACCAGGUGGGAGCCGGGACGUCACCAGGUGGUACGGACGUGGUCGGGUUCACUUCUGUUGGGCAAAACACGGAGUGGAGCAGGACUGGACUCAGUCUUACGUCCUUCCAGACGUAUUACAUCACGGUGAAGGCCAGUAACAGUCUCGGGGACACAACCGUCACCUCAGACGGAAUAACGGUUCUGCAGGACGGAGACUCUCUUCAAGGAGCGGUCGUCACGGACGGGAUGGAAUGUUCUGACCAGCACGAUGAACUUUAUCAGAUACAGACCAUCCGUUCUGCUUGCUACACCACGUCGCCGUCAAUCUACCAGACGUCAAGGAAGGCAGUGGCUGCUCAUUGGACCAUCCCACCUGCCAAUCGAGCUCACGUGACCCACGUCCAAUGGUCGAUCGUGCAGGAGGUAGAAGGGGAGGAGACUGUGGUGCAGGACUAUGUGAACCUCGGCAUGGCGACCCACGGACUGACGGCAGAUGACAAUGUGUACCUCUCUCCCGAAGUCCUCUACAAGUCUAAAGUCUUGUUUUGUCAUCAGGCUGGCUGUUUUGCUCCAGUCUACAGUUCCGGCUUCCUGGUGGCCCCAGAUCCACCCCUUCCCGGGUCUCUUCACGUCACCAGUCCGUAUCCAGAUUCAGGCACCAGGAGUGCUGACGUCAUCUUUGACAAGUUCGGUGAUCUGUACUACCCUACUGAUGACGUCAUGAACUUCUAUGACUGGGCCGUUACUGAUGACUCAGAGGAUGGAAAAUUACUGACUGACUGGGCAACGGUUACUCCAACAUCUUCCAAUGAAACAACAAUCUCCUUCUCCGUGACCGGGCUGCCCCGUGAUCUCACCAAGUGUCUGAGUCUGGUGGUGAGAGGACACGCCCACACCGGGCUGUCAGCGUCCGUCUCCGCGGAGAUCGUCCAGUGUGAACAAACCGACACAAACAGAGGGCUCAACUACUCAACAGUCAUAGACACUCGCCCUAACAUCACACUUGAGUUGAACGCAGACUGGACAGAGUACGACAUUGACUACACCAGUGAGACAACGAUGCUGUCUGCCGUCUGGCCGACGUUACGUCACCGGAAGUACGAGUGGGCCGUCCUGGAGGACAAGUCAGGGUCAAGUCUGUCGGCCAUGGCCGGACAUCACCUCAGUAUUCCUAACCCUUGUGAUCACCAGGACAUGAUAGUGUGUGGACGGACCACCAGUGAAUACAUCAACGUGGAUGACCUGAGCCUGGAACAUAACAAGCGGUACAUCGUGUGUAUCCACGCCCAGGAGACCUCCAUCACGUACGAGAGGUGGGUAGAAACGCUGCCGGAGACGGCCGUCUGUAGCAGCGGGGUGACGGUGGACGUGACUCCGCCCAACGCUGAUGCUGCCGACGUUUGGAUUGGCUCCAACGAUAAAUCCAAUUACCAGGUGUCGACUACAGAGCUGUAUGUACAGUGGGAUGGAUUUGUUGAUGUUGAAGAACAUGACGUUUCUAUGCACCACACAGGAAUACAAUACUACGAAUAUGCCAUAGGUACAAUCGCUGGAGGAUCAGACAUCCAAGCCUGGACAGAUGUAGGAGUGACAGACCACGUUCUACUACACGGCGUCAGGCUGCAACACGGAUGGUCAUACUAUGCCACUGUGAGAGCCUGGGAUUUUGUCGGACUGUCGACCAGCAAAGGUUCCCAGAGAGUGACCGUUGACACGACACCGCCUGAGAAGUCGGACACUCACAUCAACGUCGGGGGCAGUUUCCACUUCAGUUCGUCAGCAGUGUCGGCAAGCUGGGAGGGUGUGUUCUACGACACAGAAAGUGGAGUGUCGUUCUUUGAGUGGGCGGUCGGCUCCAGGGCGGGUCAUGCCGACAUCUACCCCUUCACUAGGGUGGAGGAGACGGAGGCUCAGACAGAUGAGAACAGUCCUCUUCAGCUGCAUGAAGGGCACGAGUAUUAUGUGUCCGUCAAGGCCUAUAACGGAGCCGGGCUGAUGACUAUGGCUACGUCCUGGGCCGUGGUUGUGGAGACGUCCCCGCCUGAGGCCGGGAAUGUGUACGACGGACCCACGAGUGGCGCCGUGAACGACAUAGACUAUCAGGACGACGUCACGACCAUCCACGCCCACUGGGACGGUUUCCACGACCCCCAUUCUGCCGUGGUGAGCUACACGUGGAGCGUCGGGGUGUGUGCCGGAUGUAGCGGCAUUCUUGCCCCACAAAACGUCGGGAUUCUACAAGCUGCGCGUGUGGACGCCCUUCAGCUGACCCCAGGAGAGACGUACUACGUGACGGUGACGGCGUGUAACGCUGCCGACCUCUGCACCACCGUGUCGUCUGACGGAGUCAUCCCCGACGACUCCCCGCCUGUCGCCGGGAGAGUCCUGGAUGGGGCUCAGGGAGAGGAGGCCUCCUACCAGGCAUCAACGAGCAGUUUGGCUGCCCACUGGUACGGGUUCAAUGACCCCCAUUCUGGACUGGCCUACUAUGAAUGGCGCGCUGGUACUACACCGGGCGGGAGUAACAUCCUGGGAGUAACACGGCUCCACCUGACGAAUGUAGCUGUGAAGACAGGACUCUCCCUUCCUGUCAACACCCUGAUCUACGUCACCGUGAAGGCAUACAACCGUGUGGGAAUGUCUGUGGAGACCACAUCCAACGGGUUCCGAGUCGACACCUCUGCACCGACCGUGACGACAGCCGUGCACUUUGACCACACCCACGGUUCCUUUGUGAGUGGAACACAAACAUGGCGGUCUGGUGUGAAGAUAAAAUGGCGGUUUGACGACAGCGAGAGUCUGGUGGUGGAUCAGCACGUCUCUCUGUCCAACCAUCACGGAGCGGAGGUCGCCAACAUAAAGCUCAACGGCACAGUGUAUGAGUACACGUUCACCGAGCUCGAACUGGAUGAUGGGAACAACUACGUUGCGAAGGUGAUCGGAUGUAACAACGCAAGGCUCUGCACUCAACAACAAACUGGAUCUCUACUGAUUGACACGUCCAAACCGUUAACCGGGCAUUUUGCGGUCAACACUGACCACGCCGCCCGGCUGACCAGGCACAGGGACAGCUGGAUGACCUACGAUAACAGCGGAACUCCGACCCUGAAGCUGGCCUGGCUUGGCUUCAGUGACUACCACUCCGGGAUAGACAGACUCAUGGUGGCAGUCGGGACUGGGUUCUUCGGAAGGGACAAGACUCUGAAUGGUUCACCACAAGUUCUUGCCCAUGGCAACCAAGUCGGCGAUCAGCAGAACGACGAAGGCUAUGUCUACACAGGAACAGUACAGCUGUCAAGUGCAGUGACUGGAUACAGCACCAUGUACAUCUCUCUAUGGGCCAUCAACGGGGCGGGCUUGGCCAGUACUGUGGCCCACUCAGCUUUCCAGGCGGUCCCUGCCUCUGGUUCCACCGGGAGUUUGGCGCUGGUCCGUCGGUGCGAUGCACACUCCUGCUACGGACACUGUAUCUGUGCACCCUUCAACCAGAACUGUGCCCGGCCAAGCGGAAAUACAUGCACACAACUGGACAACUCUGAUUCAAGCUACUCCAGAAUUGAAGUUUAUGACAAAACCGACUACAGCCUCCUGACCAAUGGGGACACGUCUGACGCCGGCUUCACCUACUCCACAUGCGCACUGGCGGCCAACUGGAGGGAGGCUACAAUAGGGUCUGCCGGGAGACCGUACAGAUACGAGUGGAGCGCUGGGAUCAGUGGACAAACGGUUGGCUCUGGGUUGUUUGAUCUUGUCUACGACCGUGUCUGGUACGAUGUAGGUCUGGAGACCAGCGCUGUUCUCACCCUUCCAGUUGGAACUUCCCUGGAAGUUGGCGUGAGCUACGUGUUCUACGUAAGAGCCUGGUACACGGACAACAUCUACAGGGAGUUUCAGUCCAACGUUGUGAGAGCUGAUCAAACUCCACCAAAGAGAUCAAGUUCGAGGAAGAUCAAAGACCUGACGUCCACAUCAGAAGAACACGAUAUUGAGUACAUGGCCCAAACAAACAGCCUGAGUGCCAGCUGGGAGUAUGUCUUCCUGGACGCCAUCAAUGAUGGGAACGACCGUCAUUUCCAGCGCUUUGAGUUGGCCCUGGGCACCUAUCCUGGAGGAGAAGACGUGAAGAGGUUUGCGGAUAACGUGGUCUCCGGGACCGCCACGUCCCACACCUUCACGGGCCUGAGCCUGCAGUCAGGCAGGACGUACUACACCUCCGUACGGCCGUACAACUUCGCCGGGCUGCAAAGUACCUUCCACAGCGACGGUGUCAUGGUGGACACGGUAGCACCGACAGCAGGCGUCGUCUUUGAUGGACAAGAUGUCAGGGACAUUGCGUGGACGUCGGAAUCAACUGUGGUGUCAGCAUCUUGGCAUGGAUUCAACGACCUGGACUCGGGCAUAGACAAACAUUUCUGGUGCAUCGGAGAAACCAACAGCCAAUCGGAGUGCAACAUCAUGGGGUGGACCGACACCGGAUUGGUCCAAGAGGGUACUACUACAUUAGGAAGUAGUCUAACAAAUGGACAACGUUAUUACAACAAAGUGAAGGGUCAGGACGCCGCCGGGCACCAGUCACCAGUCGCCGUGUCCGACGGGUUCCUUGUGGACACCUUCCCGCCGAUACCAGAGGCCAACCUGCAGAUAGGGGAGAACCUGCUCCUCAAUCCGUCAUUUGAAGAUACCAUUGUCAGUGGACAAGAAGGUUGGGUACUGGAAGGUGACUCUGUGGUACAGCAGAUCUCGUCCUUACCCACUGAUGACUUCCAGACCAAACAUGGACGUUCUCAUCUCCUCCUACAUGGCACCAUGUCUCAGACCUUCACCACUGUGGCAGAUCAAGAAUACAGGAUCUCCUUCUUUGUAAACCAUGACGCGACCACGGACGUCCCCCGUCUGACCCAAGAAGGUCUGCUGACGGCCCCAGGUCUUCAUCAGGUGUUCAAACUGCGGAACAGACAGGUGUCCACUGUCGACACCACCUCUACAGAACAGUGGGACACCUGGCAGAAACAGAUCUUCUACUUCACUGCUGCCGGCACCGGCUCAACUGUCACCGUCCAGUCUGUUGGGACGAAGGCAGGGAUUUCACUGGAUAACUUUAAGGUGGAGCCAGUGACCUACACCACCACCCACUUUAACUCCACGGCCGUGUAUGAAGGCUACAUCGACCUGACGGCCCAGACCCUGUCAGACUGGGGGUCGGUGUCGGCCAAGUGGAGCAUGGUGGAUCCUGAGUCUCCUAUUGUGGACUACUCAUGGGCAAUUGGCACUACCAGAGGUGGAACCCAGUUGCAAGGCUUUGUGCCCCUUGGAGUCCAAGAGAGUGCACAGAACAGCAACCUGUUCUUACAACACGGGUCCUAUGUUCACGUCACUGUGGUGGCCACCAAUGGAGCAGGGGGGUCAGCAGUGCUGUACUCUGAGCCAGCGCUGGUCGACCUGACUCCCCCGGUGAUAGGAACUGUUUUCGACGGGCCUGAGCAGGAUUCAGUCGACCUGGAGUACCAGAACAGUGACAUCAUCUGUGCCAGCUGGCCUGACGUCAUUGAUGACGAAAGCGGCAUCAACUACUGUGAAUGGGCUUUAGGUACAUCCUCACAUCUGGCCAACUUGAUGAGGUUCACAACAAGCUACAUCGAGGAAGACGGGAAAUCCGCCUGCAUUGAUUCUCGUUCGUUCAUCGCUCAUGGCACGAAGGUUUAUGUCAUCGUGCGCUGUCACAACCACGCUGGACAGUCAGCCACAGCCAGUUCAGACGGAGUUGUCCUGACCUCCGUGCCCCCCAGUAUCGAGCACGCCUAUGUGACGGUUGUGAUCGAGCCGGUGACGCAGUACGCCCCCAGGAACCACUACCAGUACUCCCCGGACAAACUGCACAUCGCCUGGGGAGGCUUCGAGGACCCGUCCGGCAUUUCUUAUUACGAGUACAUGGUUGAGGGUCCAGACUUCACCUCGGCUUGGGAAGAGGUGUCCUGGACAGGAGAGCACACGGCGACCCUGACUGACCUGCAGCUCGUUCCCGGGGCCACCUACAUCGUCAGUGUCCGGUCUGUGAACUUUCUCGGGAUGCAGAGUGACUCUGUCUCCACGGAGGUCAACAUCGCGGUUCAGGGGAGGCCUUCUGUCAGCGGCGGACUACAGCUGACAUGGGAAGCCCAAGGCACGAUGUUGAUCAACUGGGAAGGUGUCUUUGGCUCUUCAAAUGCUGACCUGUACUACGAGGUAUCAGUGGGUCUGGUGGAGGGUGGCAGUAAGGCGGGACUUUGGUACGAGACGAAACAAACCAACAUGACUGUCUCCAGUCUGGACCAGACAAAGGAAUAUCAUAUCACUGUCAACGCCAUCAACAACGCUGGCAUGUACAUCACUGUGGUGGGCGACCUGGCGGGAUGAAGUGGCAUUACACUUUUAGUCACUAGAAGUCACGAAAGAAGCACGUGGGCUUAAGACAAAAAAAUAAACAGAGUGUGCUGUGUUUUUAUUGACAUUAUGUAUCAGUCCUUACUCGGCUUAGAGUAAAAGAAAAUCCAUUUUUUAAUUCAUUGCCAGUUCAAUUCUGAAUUGUUUUUGCUUUGUUCUGCAUUUUAAGUACUAGUAUAUAUACAUUUACUUUUAGUUUUGUCAUGUACUUCAUAUUCCAAAGCAGUUUAUGUCAAUGUCAACUAUUAACUUUUGUAUUCUCUGUAUUUUUGGAGACAAGGCAAUAAAAGUGUUUUGUGUGCAUUAUAAUGCUUCGACUAUGCAUUACCUGGGAAGUUAUAUUUUGUGUGGUUAUAGCGGGGUAAGUUCGGAUCAUUGCAAAAACUCUUAAAAGAUGGGCGGGUGUUCAUGAUUUUUUUAGACGAAUUACUGUUGGAGAGACCAAGGUCAAGUUAAAAAAUCAGCU